AUGGAAAUGUCUAGUGAGGGUUCGGUUUCAGCGGCUGUAGGGAGAUCUUCGGAUGUUGUAUCCAGUGAAGCAUCUCUAAGUCAAGACUCGGACCAGACGUUGAGAAGCAGUGGCACGAGCCUCAAGGAGAGCCUGUUCAGCCGGCUUCAGGUUGUCGGGAUCAAGUUCAACAUAUUGGACAGACUAUUCAAAUCGGAAAAUAGGACUCAAUCUCUACAAUACGGUGCUAAUGCUGACGGAGUGUUCAGUAAUCUGACGGCGAAGCCGGAACAAAGCGACGGGACAGAGCUACAGGCGCAAGACAAACCACCCAACUACGACGAAGCGGCUCUGGAUAUGGCCCCUUCAUAUUUUGGCAUGGAUGAAGAGAACCUUGGAAUGUAUUAUAAUGAAAUAUGUUUCGAGGGGCUACCAGUAGGCAAUAUUGUGAACUUACUGUGGAAUAUAAUCGUCAGCGUCAGCUUUCAAUUCGUGGGAUUCCUUCUCACUUAUAUCCUCCACACGUCACAUGCAGCUAAGCAAGGCUCUCGUUUUGGUUUAGGUAUGACGUUUCUAAGUUACGGAUACUCUAUGAUUCCCAACGAUAUCACAUCUAAAGUCGGUAAGACAAAAAGCAUUGAUAGACUAAAACCCUUGGACCCCGACGAAUUUGAUGAUACACAUCUUUAUACAGGCAGCGCUGUACGGGAUGGGUUCGAGUCCACCUUAAGUCACGGUGUUGACGAAAAACGGGAGAGCGUACCAUUAUUGGCCAUCGUGUUAUUUGGCAGUGGGAUUUUGAUAAUGGCGAAGAGCGUCUUUGAUUAUGUGGUCGUCAAAAGGAAAGAAAAACGUUAUCUAGCACAAGAGCAGGGUUGA